CGAUGCGUCCAGUGUUUUUAGCUGCUUCCCGAUCUUCGCACGGGCGCGACCUGCCGGGGAAGAAGGAGAAUCAGCUCUGCGAUUUUGGCGAGAGCGGCAUCGAUGGGCAACUCGCAAUCGCAGUCGCCGCCCGCCCAUCCUCGCUUCGCUUCCGCCUCCAGAGCUUUCGCUCAGAAGGAAUUGGAAGAUCUCCGAUCGCUGUUCUUCUCUCUGGCCGCCCAGUCCCAGCCCAAUGGCCGUCACGUCUCCCUCCCUGUUUUCCAGGCGUACUUCCGGGUCCGUGGCCCUCUGGGCGAGAGGCUGUUCGAUUUGAUUACCCAGAAGAGGAAAGACGGGAAGCUUAACUUUGAAGACCUCGUCAUCGCCAAGGCUACUUAUGAAAAGGGGACCAGAGAUGAGAUCGAGGAUUUCAUCUAUCAGUUACUGGAUGUGGGUGAUGAUGGAAAUGUGACGAGGUCUGAUCUGGAAUCUGUUAUGAUCACAGUGUUUGACAGUGUAUUUAGUCCCAAGAGGGUUCAAACUGCAGGGAGUCCAAAACAAGAGGAUCUUCACAUUUUUCUCGAUUCUACAAAUUUCUCAGAGACUGUGCAAGGACAUGGUGACCGACGUAUGUCAUUAGAGGAUUUAAGAAGAUGGUUUGCACUUGUGCCGUCAGUUAGGAAGUUCCUUGGAAGCUUGUUGGUGCCUGCCGAUUCAGGAAGACCGGGUUCUCAAGUUCCUCGUCUAUCAUGUUGGAAUAACGUUGAUUCUGGUGAGAUCAUUUUAAACGAAGAGUAUGCUUGGCAUAUAGGAGGUGUUCUCUCAGAAGGAGAGCUCGAGCAUUGGAAGCUUUUGUACCACAGUUCUCUCAGUGGCCUCAGUUUCAGCACAUUUUUGGGGAGCAUCAACAACAGUGAAGGGCCAACCAUCUUGAUAAUUAAGGACAGAGAAGGCCACAUAUAUGGAGGCUACGCUUCUCAGCCUUGGGAGAGGCACAGUGAAUUCUAUGGAGAUAUGAAGUCUUUCCUUUUCCAGCUUUAUCCUCACGCAUCCAUAUAUAGACCUACUGGAGCAAACAGAAAUGUACAAUGGUGUGCAGUAAACUUCACAUCGGAGGAAAUCCCAAAUGGGAUAGGUUUUGGAGGGCGAGUGAAUCACUUUGGCCUCUUCAUUUCAGCAAGCUUCGACCAGGGGCAGACGUUUGCAUGCACAACGUUCGGUAGCCCCUGCCUUUCAACGGCCAGCCGAAUUCUCCCAGAGGUGAUUGAGUGUUGGGGAGUUGUCCAAAAGAAGCAACUAGAAAAGCAGGAUGCUGUAAAAGGGACCAUUCUGGAGAGGUUCAAGGAGGAUCGCCAUAUGCUUAACAUGGUUGGUCUCGCUAAUUCUAGUGAGUAAUGAGAAGGCUCAAGGUACAUGUGUGUACUGUCUGCUUCUCCUGUUAUCGCUGUUUAUACUUCCUUUCCUAUACGGGCUAAAAACUUCACCAUGAAGAUGCUAUGGCCACUAAUUUUCAUCCAGCUUUUGAAAGCGCAUCUUUGGCAUCGCCAGAAUGGACUUCUUCAUUCUAGGCUCGCUAUGCUAAUUCAGAUAUUGCAGGGUUGUAGAAAAAAAAUUUCACUCAUCAAGGUCGUUGAGGGGUUGAACUAACCUAUAAAAGAACAUUGCUAAAAUAGAUUUAGUCUUAUAAAAA